AUGUGGCUAGCAGUGGGCAUGCUCUGGCUCCUGACCCUUGGGGGGACCCACCAGGCCUGGGGCUCCUGCCCUUCUCAGUGCAGCUGCAGCCUCCACAUCCUGGGUGAUGGAAGCAAAGCCAGGACCGUGGUUUGCAGUGAUCCCGACAUGACCCUGCCCCCGGCGUCUAUCCCUCCGGACACCUGCAGGCUGUGCCUGGAGCGUACGGCUAUCCGGAGGGUGCCAGGCGAGGCCUUCCGGCAGUUGGGUCGCCUGGAGCAGCUGUGGCUGCCCUAUAACGCGGUCAGCGAGCUCAGCGCCCUCAUGCUGCGGGGCCUGCGGCGUCUGCGCGAGCUGCGGCUGCCCGGGAACCGCUUGGCCGCCUUCCCUUGGGCGGCGCUCCGUGACGCCCCCCAGCUACGACUGCUGGACCUGCAGGCCAACCGUCUGUCCGUGGUGCCGCCGGACGCCGCCCGCUUUCUGGGAAACCUCACCUUCCUGGACCUCUCCAGCAACCAGCUGAUGAGGCUGCCGCAGGAGCUGCUCCUCACCUGGGCUCAACUGAAGACCGGGCCCUUCCUUCCCGGCCACCACUCCAGGCUGGUCCUAGGGCUACAGGACAAUUCCUGGGUGUGUGAUUGCCGACUCUAUGACCUGGUCCAUCUUCUGGAUAGCUGGGUCCCAAACUUGGUCUUCAUUGAAGCCAAACUGAGGUGUGGCAGCCCACGCAGCUUGGCUGGAGUGGCCUUCAGCCAGCUGGAGCUGAGGAAGUGCCAGAGUCCAGAGCUCCAUCCGGGAGUGACCAGCAUUAUAUCCCCUGUGGGCAGCACAGUACUACUACGUUGUGGAGCCACCGGUGUCCCUGGGCCUGAGAUGAGCUGGCGGAGAGCCAAUGGGUGCCCACUCAAUGGCACGGUGCACCAGGAAAUCUCCAGCGAUGGCUCCAGCUGGACUCUGCUGGACCUGCCUGUGGUGUCUUACCUUGACUCUGGAGACUACAUCUGCCAGGCCAAGAACUUCCUGGGAGUCUCAGAGACUCUUAUCUCCCUCAUCAUCACUGAGCCCCAGACUUCCACAGAACACAGUGGGAUCCCAGGGGCACUAUUGGCAAGGACAGGAAAGGGGGCUGAAGCUGCGGCUUACAACAACAAGCUGGUGGCCAGGCAUGUCCCCCAUAUUCCCAAGCCCCUGUCUUCUGUGCCCAGCAUGAAAGAGGAACUGAUCCUCCAACACUUGCAGAUGGGUGCCCCAGAAGAGUUCUCCGACAAACAAGAGGAACCCCAGGAGGCACAGAUGGUGAGAUCUCUCAAGGUGGUGGGGGAUACUUACCACAGCGUAUCCUUGCUGUGGAAGGCCCCUCAGAGUGGGAAUGCAACUGCUUUCAGUGUCCUCUAUGCAGUCUUUGGGCAGCGUGACAUGAGACGGAUGAUGGUGCAGCCUGGGAAAACCAGCGUCACCAUUGAUGGGCUGGCGCCGAGGACCAAAUAUGUGGCCUGCGUCUGUGCGCGGGGCCUGGUGCCGCGGAAGGAGCAGUGUGUCAUCUUCUCCACCGACGAGGUAGUGGACGCCGAGGGCACCCAGAGGCUCAUCAACAUGGUGGUGAUCAGCGUUGCGGCCGUCAUCGCUCUGCCUCCCACAUUGCUGGUCUGCUGUGGGGCUCUCCGCCGGCGUUGGCGCAAAUGCCGAGCCCAGGGCUCUGCUGAGGCGGCAGGCGCUUAUGUCCACCUGGAGAGGCUGCGCCACAGUGAGGAUGGUUCAGAAGAGCUGUCCCGCAGCAGCCUCAGUGAGGCCGAGAGACUGCUCUCAGCCCGCUCCAGCCUGGACUUUCAGGCCUUGGGGGUCAGGGGCGGUAGGCGCAUUAAUGAGUACUUCUGCUGA